AUGUGGCUAACGGAUACACAAAAGAUCGGAGUAGUCUUCUGCUCCGGCGGUGGCUUCUUCCUCGUCGGAGGUGUGAUGCUGUUCUUUGAUCGCGCCAUGCUAGCUAUGGGAAACAUCCUCUUCCUCAUCGGCCUGACCAUCAUCAUCGGCCCCCAAAAGACCCUCUUGUUCUUUGCACGAAAGCAAAAAGCCAAAGGCACCGCUGCCUUUUUCGUCGGUCUCGCCCUGAUCCUACUCAAGUGGACGCUUAUCGGGUUCAUCAUCGAAGCGUAUGGCAUCGUAGUGCUGUUUGGAGACUUCCUGGGCACGAUUGCCGGUUUCGCGAGGGGCCUCCCCGUCGUGGGGCCAUAUAUCGGCAUGGCUGUGGAUCGCAGUGGUAUUGGGAGGAGGAAUGCCGAGCUGCCAGUCUGA